UAGAAUACGAACUAUUUUUAAUUUCAAAAGUAACGUUUCAAAAGAUAUAACAAAAAGUGCAAAUUUCGUAAGAAACAAGCAUAAAGAAAAUGCGACUUUCACUUGUUUUUCUUUUUCUUGUUACUUUUGCGAUAACAAAAGGAGAUUAUUUUCGACUGUUAGAAAAGCUAGAAUCAAAGUUGGAUGAUAACUCUGAAAAACUGCAAGAAAUACUCAGCCGACUUCCAAAUGGUAAAUCGGGUGUUGAAGUUUUGCAAGAGGUGGCAAAAGGAAAAGCAUCUAGACAGAGUUUGCAGGAUCUUCAUUUUCGAUCUGGAUAUGCUUACGACGGAAAUUUGAAUACGUUUUCUAUCACACAUACGAAUGAUGACCUGUCGCCAUACUGGGAGGUGGAUCUUGGUCAUGAUUUUAAAAUAAGACAGGUUGAAAUAUUUGUUAGGAAAGAUUGUUGCGGUCACCGUAUCCGUCAGUUAAAUAUAACUGCUGGGUCCUCACAUAAUCAGAUGACGAAGUGUAAUUUUUACAAAGGACCAGCUAGGACAGGAGACCACCUGGUUUUUGAAUGCAAUCCGAUAAUAAAUGGCCGUUACGUCAGGAUUCAAAAGAUGAAUCAUGCAUCAAACUUAGCUUUACUUGAGGUUAAGGUGAAUGCUGUAGUAGACAGGACGGUUGGAUAAUUAGACUUGUUUUGGUUUUUUUUAUUAUAAAACGCAUUUUCGCAACUUGAAGUAUAUGUGUGUCAUGUUAUUUUAUUUCAGAA